CAGCCACCUGCUCCCCUCAUGCAAAUGACCCAAGCCCCUGGCAGCUGCUCCUUAGAACUCCAAGUCUAAGCCCUGUCUUCCCUCACUGAGCUUUGCUGAGACUUAGGGCCGCCUGCUUUCUCUCUGACUCCUGCUUUCACAGCCUUGAGAGGGCAAAGGAGGGGGCCAGACCCCAGCCUGGGAGCAGGGUGCGGGGCUUCCCUCCACUUGAAAUCCGUUGCCCACCCACAACAGGGGCAGACCUGUCCAUCCUUCUCUGUGGGUCCCCUGUACCUUUCUCCCCCGACAGGAUCAGACCCAGAGGCAGCUGGUUGGGGUUUGUCGAGAAGAAGGAUUAUCCAGAUCAGUCCUUUCUAAUCUCAGCUCCUGCCUGUACCCUCCCAUACUCACCAAACCCUCUUCCUCACCACCCUGAGCCUAAGGAGCACAGUUUGAGGUACGGACAAUGGGGCCAUCUAUCACCCUUAUAUCCCGCCUCCUGGCCUGGUUGCUAAGUGGCCCUGACUGCCAAGAUCAUCACCAUGGAUGGGGGCCGGGACCAGGGGGGCCACUGGAGCUGUAGUUGCCUCUGCUCCUUUGCACCCCUCCCAAACCCCAACCCUUAAUCCUCACAGCUUUACUCUAAUCCUGUGGGGCCUGAUGCUCUUAUCUCUGCCUGCAGAGACUGACCAGGGAAGAACCCCUUCACCCCCUCCUCUCUCAGGGCUUGUGGUGGGGGCCGCUCCUCUCUAUGUCCCCACACUCCUGCCCCCAACCCUCCUCCAGGCUGAGCUCAAGUCUCUCUGGAAUCCGCACACCUCCCUCCCUCCCUGUCCUCUUCCACCCACCCCUACCAGCUGAUUUCAUUUGCCUGACAUCGUGGUUGGCUCUACCCUUCCCUGUCAGGCCCCCCCCAACCCCCCGCUGGCCGGGGCCAGGCCAGGCCAGCUCCUCUGGCAGCAGAGCCUGGGCAGGUGACAGGCGGGCGCGGGCGUCGCAGCUGAGGGAGUAAGGAGGCUCCCAGGAACCGGAGCUGGAAACCCGGCUGAGGUCCAGCCAGAGCCCAAGAGCCAGAGCUACCCCUCGACCUGUCAGCCAUGGGGGAGAUGGAGCAACUGCGUCAGGAAGCGGAGCAGCUCAAGAAGCAGAUUGCAGUAACUCCAGAGCCCUCCCACUGGGGCCCCAGAAAACAGCUGGGGACAUGAGGCAGUGUGGCCCAGGGGGAGGGGGCUGGGUUUGCUCUUGAGUGACUGGAAGUGACCAGGGACUUUCUAAACUCGGCUCGCAUAUUUGAGACCCCCAAGCCCCAGAGCCCCAAGUCCAACCUGGCCUGAAGGCCCAUGCGCCCGCCACCCCCACCUCGCCCUUGCUCCUCUGAUGUCUCCUUUCCCUGCAGGAUGCCAGGAAAGCCUGUGCUGACGUUACUCUGGCAGAGUGCCCCUCUCUCUGUAGCUGGUGUCUGGCCUAGAGGUGGUGGGACGAGUCCAGAUGCGGACGCGGCGGACGUUAAGGGGGCACCUGGCCAAGAUCUACGCCAUGCACUGGGCCACUGAUUCUAAGCUGCUGGUAAGUGCCUCGCAAGAUGGGAAGCUGAUCGUGUGGGACAGCUACACCACCAACAAGGUGCACGCCAUCCCACUGCGCUCCUCCUGGGUCAUGACCUGUGCCUAUGCCCCAUCAGGGAACUUUGUGGCAUGUGGGGGGCUGGACAACAUGUGUUCCAUCUACAACCUCAAAUCCCGUGAGGGCAAUGUCAAGGUCAGCCGGGAGCUUUCUGCUCACACAGGUUAUCUCUCCUGCUGCCGCUUUCUGGAUGACAACAAUAUUGUGACCAGCUCAGGGGACACCACGUGUGCCUUGUGGGACAUUGAGACUGGGCAGCAGAAGACUGUGUUCGUGGGACACACGGGUGACUGCAUGAGCCUGGCUGUGUCUCCUGACUUCAAUCUCUUCAUUUCGGGGGCCUGUGAUGCCAGCGCCAAGCUCUGGGAUGUGCGAGAGGGGACCUGCCGUCAGACUUUCACUGGCCACGAGUCUGACAUCAAUGCCAUCUGUUUCUUCCCCAAUGGAGAGGCCAUCUGCACGGGCUCGGAUGAUGCUUCCUGCCGCUUGUUUGACCUGCGGGCAGACCAGGAGCUGAUCUGCUUCUCCCACGAGAGCAUCAUCUGCGGCAUCACGUCCGUGGCCUUCUCCCUCAGUGGCCGCCUGCUAUUCGCUGGCUACGACGACUUCAACUGCAAUGUCUGGGACUCCAUGAAGUCUGAGCGUGUGGGUAAGGGCCAGCCCUGGCUGCUGCUUCCUCAGCUGGAAGGACCCUCCCCAGCCCUCCCUCCCCAUUCUGUACCCCCCAUCAGCUCCCAUUUCGGACUCUCUUACUGCUGUCCUUUGUCACUGGGUGACUCCACCCCUGGAAUCCAGUACCCCUUGGUUCCCAGCUAGGACUGUCUUCCCUCAGUGUUGCUCUAAGCAGCCUCUCUCCACUGUCCAAUGCCAUGGCUUCUCCCUGCCCUAGGAGAUCUGUGGACCAUGACUGUCCGGUCAGUUCUGGGUUCCUGGCAUUUCAGGGGCACCCACUGAGAGGCAAGACAGCCUCAGGGAAACAUGGAAUUAAGGCAGAAUCAAGGAGAUCUGGAGUUGCCCGAGGGCCCUGACAGCAGCCUAGGGCUCAUCUAAGACUAGCCUGAAGUUGGUCAGAUAGGAUGGCUUCUUCUCUAUCAAGAGGCCAGGUGCUGAUGAAAAUAACACUGGCCAGGGGUAGAAUCCAAAUCCUAAUUCUGUUGCUCACUUUCUGAGUGACCUUGCACAAGUCACUCCUCCAUGGGCCUCAGUUUCUUCAUCUGGAAACAAAGAAAUAGGAUGAACGGUUGUCUUCUGUUUUCCAGCACCUGUCAAGGUGCCCUCGGUUUUUUCAUAGUAAACGGAUGCUUCCAGCCUUUCUCUGUCUGAUCCCAGCCCUCCCCCAACCAAAGCUCUUGACAGAGAACUCCCUGCCCUACAGCUAAUCCUCUUUCAGUCUCUUAGCCUUCUUCAGGGGUUGAGCCCAGCCUACUGAGUCUAGGAUCCCUGCAUGCAUGUGCUCAAGCACACAUGCGCACACACACAUACACACACGCACACAUGCACACACACGCACACAUGCACACAUACCCCCCCACACCCAUACACACACCCAUGCACGCAUACACCUGCACGCAUGCACACACUGCUUUCCAAAUCAGCUUGGAGAGACAGGCUGACUCCUUUCCCUCUUCCUCAGGCAUCCUCUCUGGCCACGAUAACAGGGUCAGCUGCCUGGGAGUCACAGCUGAUGGGAUGGCUGUGGCCACAGGUUCCUGGGACAGCUUCCUCAAAAUCUGGAACUGAGGAGGCUGGAGAAAGGGAAGUGGAAGGCAAUGAAGACACUCAGCAGCCCCCUCCCUGACCCCAUCUCAUUCAGGUGUUCUCUUCUAUAUUCCAGGUGCCAUUCCCACUAAGCUUUCUCCUUUGAGGGCAGUGGGGAGCAUGGGGACUGUGCCUUUGGGAGGCAGCAUCAGGGACACGGGGGCAAAGAACUGCCCCAUCUCCUCCCAUGGCGUUCCCUCCCCACAGUCCUCACAGCCUCUCCCUUAAUGAGCAAGGACAACCGGCCCCUCCCCAGCCCUUUGCAGGCCCAGCAGACUUCAGUCUGAGGCCCCAGGCCCUAGGAUUCCUCCCCCAGAGCCACUCCCUUUGUCCAGACCUGGGUGGUAUAGGGCGUUUGGCCCUGGGACUAUGGCUCUGGCACCACUAGGGUCCUGGCCCUCUUCUUAUUCAUGCUUUCUCCUUUUUCUACCUUUUCUUCUCUCCUAAGACACCUGCAAUAAAGUGUAGCACCCUGGUA